AUGAGGAUACGGGGAUCUAGAUUUCCACCUGAUAUGAAUGUUACAAAGAAGAACCCUAUUCCUAAUGUCACAGGGAGCCAUCAGAUGACUUGGAAGGAGUUGGCUGAAGCUGAUGACCUUGCUUCCGCUCUCACCGUUGACCCUUAUCUUGGGUUCACUACCCAUAAAAUGACUGAUAUGAAGUUAAGGAUUCCAGAGAGAAUUAAAAGAAAGUUUCGUGAUAUUAUAUGCAACUUUCAGAAACAUAAAUGUUAUGAUGCUGCCUAUAAUCAGUUGAUAGCCGAUCCAAAUAUUGUAAAACGUCCUUGGAGUGUUGAUCCUCGGUUCAAAGAACAUGUCACUCGUUAUCUUUUAUUGUUCGAUGAUCGUUCUGGCAUCGAAAUUCGACCGUGUUGGCGCUAUGCAUCGGAAAACCAUAUGGGUGCUUCAAUUUUUGCAACAAGAGAUUGGGCCAAAGGGUCACGUAUCAGUACCUUGGUGGGAUGUAUUGCUGAACUUAAACAUCACGAAGAAGCUGCAUUUCUGAAGCAUCACAAAAAUGACUUUUCGGUCAUGUAUUCUUCUAGGAAAAAUUGCUCUCAGUUGUGGUUGGGUCCAGCUGCUUACGUCAAUCAUGAUUGUCAUCCAAACUGUGAGUUCACAAUUAACUGUGAUGUUGACGCUCGUAUGAGUCUAGAAGCAAAAACGGAUAUAAAAUGUGGUGAUGAAAUUUUUAUCUAUUAUGGUACUCACUUUUUCGAUACAAAUAAUAGAGCUUGUGAGUGUUUUACUUGCGAGUUAUUGGGGCGCGGUUAUUUUAGUAAAUUCACUCAAGCAAUUGAUAGUACCACUGUUUCCGAUCAAAAACUGAUUUCAAAUAUUGUGAAUGGUCAAGAAAACUAUACCAGAAUUGUAGCAUCGUAUCAAAAUGGCCGUUACAAUCCUAAUGUUCACAGUCAUGUUCUUCUGGACAAGAUGAAUCUAUUACCAGACAAUACUCCGUCUGCAUAUAAUGAGGCAGAAAAUGCUAAGCAAUUACCUUUGGAUUUUUUCCUAGAAAAGGGAUCUUCCACUGGUUUAGCUUGUAAAGCAUUACCUAAUGCCUACGCCUUACGCCAUACUGGAUCUCGUCUAAACCGCGUGAAAGCUCGACUAUUUGCUGCAAAAGUAGCUUCUGUAAACAAAUCCUUUGGUGUGAACAGUCACGAAAACAGAAAGCCAAAAGUCAAGCCUUCUUACAAAAAGUGCUCAUUAAGAAUGACAGUUUCGAAUAUUAUUCCCUCUUUGAGAAGAAACAAGUCAAGUUCAAAACCCCAUGCCAUUGGUAGGAAAAGACGAAUGAAAUCUGUCGCUGCCGUAAAAAGUCGACAAAUAUUGUCUGACGCUCAAGUAAAGGACAAUUUUACUUCGAGAAAAAUUAUCAGUAACCUAUCUGAUCGCAGUAUAGUUUGUGAUGGUAUAUCAUGGCAAGAAUCAGAUGGGACAAGUAGUGGAUUAGGACAGAGUGUUAACAAUGACAGUAGUGGCUACAAUAGUCCAUUGCCACCAGAUUUGGAUCGCAUGUCAUCAACUUCACCAAACAAUUCAUUUAGUGAGACGAUUGUUGUUACACCUGAUCUUGAAUCAUCUUACUAUCUUGAAUCAGCAGUUCAAGCGUGCACUGACAAUCGGAAUAUGAAACGAAAACCAUCUGAUAUUAGUGUUCAGUUUUCUAUACCAAUCACCAGUCCAUUACGAAUUACAGCUGAAAAUGAAAUAACAAAGAAUGUGGAACCUAUUUUGGGACGACUUAUGCAUGAAACGAAGUGUAGUAGUGAUUUUAAAAACCCAUUGACUACUAAUUAUUUAUUUAGUCAAUCUACUGCUUCUGGACACUGUCGAAGACGUCUAACAAAUUAUGAUGCUCGUUUGAUUGCCGAGGCCAGUUUGCUCACUCCAGUAUCCAAACAACGACAGCGUAAACCGCCGAGUUAUCCAGAUUCUGUAGAGUAUAUUUCGUUUAGAAAUACGGUGAGAUCUCCUAAGACAAGGUCAAUAAAGUAUGGAAAUAAAGAUGAAAUUUUGAAUGACAAGUCACAAAAUAACAACGACCAUGAUGUUAAAGUUGCAAAUGACGAUUCUAAAAGUUUUUAUGCUAAGUACAGCUCACAAUUAGGGUUAUCUUUUAUGGGUAAUAAAUAUGUUGCGGCUUCAGGAACACAGUAUUAUGCAAUGCCGGACAAAUGUACAAAUAUUGAGUCAUUUUCUGAAGAUUUGAAACCUCCAUUACUAACCAGUCCUUCAAAACUUCGUACAACAUCAUCAUUUACUUUGUCAGAUAGUUCUCAUGAUGUGGGUCCUCCCUCCAUAUAUUCCACAGCUGAAGCAGAUGAUAGAAGUGAACUCCUUUCGAUUGAUUCUGAACUCACUGAACCCAAUUUAGAUACUGACUCCUCAUGUGAUUAUCACAUUCCUAACACACCCACAAUCUCUUUCGGUUUCUAUAAUAAGUCCAUUACAAAUGACGAAAAAAGUCCUAUAAUGUCAGCUGAACAUAUUCUUAUUGAUCAUGAUUACUCUUUACCGGCAUGUGAUGUUGAAUAUGCUCUAGUUCCGGAUCCAAUAAUUGAUACUAAAAUAAAUAAUCAAGACCAUCGACAGAAAUCAGAGAAAGAUUCACUUCAACGCUAUAAUAAUAAUGAUAAAAACUAUAAUGGAUGUAUACCAGAAGUCGUCCGUACACCUCCACCUCCACUUCUGCAUCCAGAAAUUCAAUCAGGUAUUUUCGAAUUAUGUGCUCGUGAUUCACCACAUAAAAUUAAAAACGAUUUCCUCUCAAAUUCAUCUCAUAUUCCCUCAGUUUCCUACAUUCAUAAUUCAUGGCGGUCUCGAACUUCAGAUUCAAAGGACAGUUGGCACCCUGAUCUUCUGUUCUCUGACUCUACAUCUCCAGAUUCUCGCCGUUUGACGGUUACUCUUAAACGUGUUGGACCUAAGCAUUACCAAAUAUCUCAACCAAGUAGACUUUUUAUCAAUUAAGAAAGAUAUUUUGUCUAUAACAAUGUAUGAAUAUGCUUCUUUUUACUUUCUUGCAAAUUUAUAGGGAUGUUUCUAUUCUUUAUUUAUGACCAGCAUUUUCGAUUUAUUACUACCUCAG